AUGGUAUAUCUGCCAAAACGAACAUAUUAUAUGUGAUUCACCGUGUAUCAUAUUUUUACACGCAGAAUGAGGACGUUGUGUACCCACUUCGUAGCGAAAACAGGUAUCCAGAUACUUGCGAACCAGAGAUCGUGCAUUCGUUUGUACAAUUCAAAGCUUGUUUAAAAGACAAAUCAUCAAACAUUAUCAAAGAUACGAGUUUUCGGGUAUUUCGUCUAUGUUGCAAAGUGGAAUGCUUUCCGCUCUUACAGCGAAACUUGAAAUUCGCUAAGGACAUUCAAAAUAGGUGUCGAACUAUAUUUGGUGAUGGGAACAUCAUUCCGAAAUACCCACGAAUCCUUGAACAACACGAACUGCAGCUACAUAUAGCUAUGGACGGUGAUGAAGAUGAUAUUUCACGAGAGGUGUCCGCCAUAAUGGGGGACCAUGAUUACAGCGACAAAUCAGAUGUUACAGAGAAAUGUUUCAAACAAGAAAAAGAGCGUACAAGUGUGACACCUGAUCAAGACUGUUCGUGUCUGAUUCUCUUUCUGGACAAAGAUGAGACUUGCAUUACUGUACAUGAAUCAUCGAAUGUGUUGUAUGUUCCGAGUCCAACCAUUGAUGUCGAGAUAACCGGACAAAGCCAAUCAGUACGAGUUUUCAAAGUAGAAAAAGAAACCUCAACUUGCGUUAGACGAAAACUUACCCAUAUUCUAGGUGAAGACCUGUUCACCUAUGCAAAAGAAGUGCAGCAACGCAUUGAUGAAUAUGAGGAAACAAUUAAGUCUCCAAACUCUGACAAAAUAACCAUGCUGCGAAACACCAAGGAAGCUGUGACUGUAUUGCUUACCCGAAAAGUACUUCCAGACCGUGAAACAUCAGCAGCUGGUGGUUCUACUAAAUGUGAAAUUACAGACGAAAUAGAUUUAGCAUUAAAUGGAAUGAAAGACAGCGGCGUUUUGGCGUUUGGAUUGUUUGCGGACCGCUUUGUAGUCUUUCUUGACGAGAAAGGCAAUGAGCAAGUACAACAAGUUACCUAUCGAGAGAUUAGGAAACUUUGCGACGAACGAGGCAACUUCAAUAUACCUGUUGACGUGGUAGCAGUUUCCAAAAACUUUUUGACAGAUACGGGUUUAGAGCAAGGCCAUAAAGUACAAUCACCUGCACAGACGGGCUCUAUCGGAAUGGUAACAGAAGCAACCAAACCAAUCACCACAGAGACAACCAAAGAAGCAGACGGACCGACCACUUCAAAUUCAGAACAGGAAACUCACAAAAACAUUGUCGUGGCAAUAACCGCAGGUCAUCUCUUUACACAAAACGAUGACGCAUUUUUCGUUAAGAAUGGCGAAACUAAGAAAUUUGGGAAAUGUCUCACAAGUCUACACCGUUCAGGAGACACUGAAACCAUGCAAUAUGACAUCGCCGUGAUAGAAAUCGACGAGAACAUGACAACCAGCGAAGAUUGCAAUCUUACAUUCAGAAAUGAAUCUGGUGAAUCGUGUGACUGUGUUGUGUUUGAUGGCAUUCUUGCUUCUGGUACCGUAGUGUACACAAAAGGUGCUGCAACCGGAAUGAGUGAAGGAGUUGUGGUCAGCCAAGAUUUUCGACUUGCUGGACUUGUCGAUACGCAGAAAGCAUACUUGAUCGAAGGUCGAGAUGAUCGUGCUUUCUCUGCGGAUGGAGAUAGCGGCUCUAUUGUGUUUACAUUAGAUUUCCAUGACGAGGAAAAUAAAACUGCUAAUUUGGUAUCGAUUGUUUCGAAAAUGUUUUCAGAGGAUGCCGCCAGCAAGCUUGGGUACCACGUACCUCUUUCUUACACUGUCCGCCUUGACAAGUGUCUUGAAAAACUAACAGAGUGCACUGGUGUGACCGUGUAUAUGCCUAAAAAGUAAUUUAGUUUACUACCUCAUACUUAUAAAUGUAUAUAUUUACAUCAUUAUUACUUAAGAUUUGGUCAUGUUUAUUCAGUUCUCUGUGAUAAUUCCUAGUGUAUUUUGAAUCAUUUAUUAUGAUUUUAGAAUAAGUUUUCCUUAAUGUUCCGUAUAUUUCCGUAAUGUCAAUGCAGUAUUUCAUGAAUUAUUCAAAAUCGUUUAUGACGUGUGUUAUUUUGUAUUGGGGCUGCUGCUUCCACCUUGAAUACAUAUUUGUGUUUCUUACUACUUUUACAAGAAUACUAGCACGAUAUAGCAUUUGUUUUAGCUUGUGUUAUAAGGUAUUUGAACAUUUAUUGAUUAUGUGUCUAGUCCUCCUCUGAAAACUUGUACCUUUCCUAUUAGUUUUAUUGUUGUUUACUGAGUGUCAAAAUGGAAAAACAAAUCAAAUUAGUACA